AUGGGGGGCAAGCGUAAAUCCAUCGAGUCCGCUCUGGGGUUCAUACCAAAGAAGAUCAAGAUCGUAGACAGUCAGUCUGAUUGUGAGUCAGAUUGUCGCGCUUCAUCGGGGAUCGUUUCUGAUACCUCACGCAGCAGACGAACUUUUCGUCAAGGAAACCGAGGCAGAUACUGGUAGCGAAACGAGCGAGACACCAUGCGACACUGCCAUCGAGGACCCAUGCAUCUCUGACGAAUGCGCUCAAAGCCACAUCGAGAUGGAGAAGGCAAGCCAGGACAUCUUCUUCCUACAGGCCGACACCCUACACCUGAGGAAACUCCUGGACGAGAAGGACCAGGAGGUAUUCGAACUCAAAGCUGGCUUGGAGAGCGAGGCGCAGCGUCGGGCAACACAGGCGAAGCAGUACGAGAAGGAGAUCUCGGAGCUUCGGGCAGAGAAGUCGAGCACAUCGCGGAGCAAUCUAGACACGAGCAGCAACAGCAGCAACAGCAGCAGCAGCAGCAGCAUCGAAGAGCUGAGUGAUGCCAUCAAGAAAAAGAAAGGAGAGAUUCGAGAUCUCCAGGUCGAGCUUGACCGGGCCAGGGAUGAGGCCGAGGCUGGCAAGGCGGAGAUCGGUCGGAAGCAGCAGGAGACCACGCGGUGUUCGGAGGCUCUGGAACAGGAGAGAGGUUCCAAGAAAAUCGAGGAAGUCAUCGCGGAGAUGGCGAGGGAAUUGGUAGGCGUUGACUGGCGUGGGAGGAAGCUGGGAGACAAGCCGAAGAAGCUGUAG